AGCUCGUGAUUGGCUGUCAUUUUGGAGCGGCUGACUGGACCGAUUGUCCGUGUCUGACUGAUCUUUUGGUAUCGCUUUGGGACACGGAGUUUUGUUGCAAUAAAAUGAUUAAAUAGAAAAUGAUUAACGUCGUUUACAGCGGCGCUUUUAAUGAAUAAACAUGCUGUCAAGAUUGUUUCGUCAGUUUCUGUUUGCGUUAGUACACUGGGCUGUGAAUAUACUUGUUGCUGUUCAAAAUGUUUAUCAGCAAUUCUGGGUGCAAAAGUGGUGCAUUUCGUCUAAAAGUGAAGUGAAUAAAAAUGAUAUAAAAGUUAUUUUGGAGAAUAUGCCAAAAAUGAAGAAAAACUUGAAACAUUUAGUGGUUCAAGCCGACACCGACAAUCAUAGUUUGAGAGACCUGGCGCGAAUUGUGAUUUGGAGUCUCGUAGCUGGGAUUCCAUUCGUUAGCUUUCACGAUAUUACUGGAGAAUUAAAGGAGAAUGAAGAAAAACUGUUUCAUGAAGUUGAAAAAUGCAAAAAAGGCAUACCAGGUUUUAUAAAGUGGGCUAGAAUGCCAGAUCUAAAUGGUUACACCAAUGGAACACAAGCAAAUACCGUUACUGUGAAUAUAUUUUCAAAAGAUGAUGGUCGACCCGUUAUAGCUAAAUGUAUUCAGAAGAUUGCAGAAGGAAAAAUUUCUUGUACACAACAAUCUAGUGAAUUAACUGCACAAGAGUUUGGGGAGGUGUUAUCAACAUUAUAUCCUUGUAUUCCUGAUCCAGAACUGUUUUUGUACACUGGAUCUUCUUGUAGCACACAUGGUCUGCUGCCAUGGCAAAUAAGAUUAACAGAAUUUGUGCAACUUUCUAUAGGCCAUAAUUUAAGUGUUGAUAGCUAUGUAGGUGCUUUGUACAAAUAUAACAAAUGUGAUCAAAGGUUUGGUAAGUAAUUAUAAACAUACAAUAUUAUAGGCCUAAGAUUAAUCAGAUAAGAUACAUAUAUUUUACUAUGAAUUUGGGUGCCCUUUUUUGUUAUUGGUAAUGCUACUUUUCUGAACACAAAAAUGUAAUAAACCUAUUCGUUCUCAAGAAUGUGAAUUCUUGGUUUAGGUAUUAUGCUAUUGAUACCUAAACAAGUCCUAGUAAUAGCAAACGCUAAAAUAUAGCAAUACUAUUUAAGUAACUAAAUAUCCACAUAUAGGAGGCCUUUAAAUUGAUUUCUAGUAGUAGUAGGCACCAUAUUGCAUUAUUUCCUUAUAAUUUUAUAUCCAUCCCUUUAAUUGGAAUUAGCCAAAUAAAAAAAUAUAUUUUAAGUAGCAUUAAAGAUAAAAUGAAUAUCUUGGGUUUCUUUAAAUGAAUUGUGCCUAAGCCAUGGCAGUUUUCACCUCAGUCAAUAAGUGAUUUAAUGUAGAAUUACAGUAAAAAUUAUAAUUUAUUUAAUGUAAUCUUAAUAAAACAAUGCUUCAUGUUA